AUGGGGGGAAGCAGCUGGGAGAGAAGGGUGGAGGCGCAGGGGGAAGCGAUGUACGGCGGGCUGGGCGCGGAGGACGACGAGGAUGGGGUGCUGGAGGCGUAUGCUGUGGAUGAUUUGGAGGAGCUGGAUGCGGUGGAAGGGGGUGAUGGUGCAUGGAUGGUGGAGAGCGGUCAGCCGCCCCAGCAGCAGCAGCAGCAGCAGCAGCAGCAGGAGACAGGAUACAACCGUCAGCUGAGAACCCCACCACCAGAGUUCCACUCCCCGCGGCACCUAGAGGAAAUGAGGCGCCGCUCCUCCUCCCUCUCCCCAGCACGUGGCGCUGUCUCUGCAUCAGCCUCGGAUGAGCGCAUUCCUCUCCACACUGCUGCUGCCGGUCGUUCCGACUGCUCCUCGCCUCUCAGAGGCGCCGCCCCUGGCGUCUCAGGUGGUGCCUCUCCUGCUUCUGGGUAUGGCGGCGGGGCGUAUGGGCAGCAGGAGCAGUACGGGCAGCAGGGGCAGUACGGGCAGCAGGAGCAGUACGGGCAGCAGGGGCAGUACGGGCAGCAGGGGCAGCAGGGGCAGUAUGGGCAGCAUGGGCACUCCAGCAGCAGCGGCAGUCUGGGGUAUGUGUCGCCUGGUCACGGGCAUAUGUCUCCUACCAUUGCGCGUCUCUCACCUGGUUCAGGUCAUGCCUCUCCCAGCAGGGGCCGUGCCAGUCCGGGUCAUGCAUCCCCUGGGCGGGGCUAUGCUGCUCUCGGCCCUCGAGACAGUGAUCCGCGCGACGGUGCACUGACUGGCUUGCCUGCUGCUGCUAUCGGUGCUGCCGAUGCUUCUGGGCCUGCUGGUGCUACUGCUGGUGCUGCUGCCGGUGCUGCUAGUGCUCGCUCGCCUGCGGCUGCUGGUCGUGGGGCGUAUGGGAGAAGCCAAGGGGUUGAGAACGGUGGAGGAGGGCGGAUAUCCGCGCAGGCAGGCGCGGAGCAGCAGAGCGGGGGAGAGCAUUCCGCAGGAAGGGUGGACGGGCGGGUGGGGGGAGCGGAACCGGCAAGGGCAAGCCUGGGCGGAGGAGUGGCGAGGGAGGCGGAGGAGGGCAAGCAGGAGGGCGGAGAGGGACGUGUGGGGAGUGGGCGGAGAGGGGAAGACGAUUUAGUGGCUGCCGCUGCUCUGGUUAGCGGAGCAGCGGGUGCUGGUGACGACAGGGAGAAUGAGGCGGGGACAGGAGGAGCAGGAGCAGCAGGAGGAGGAGAAGGAGCCGCAGUAGGGGAUUCAAGCGUUCUACCCUCUGCCGGUGCCGGUUCCGAUGCUGGUGCUGAUGCCAGUGCUGGUGCAGGGGUUGCAGCAGCAGGGGCCGCGCCAGGUGCUAGUGCAGAGGCGCCUGGUAGGAGAGGUGCAGGCGGGAAUGGAAGAGGAGGAGGAGGUGGAGGCGGAGGGGGUAUUUCAGAGAUAGCACUGGCCCGGAACCUGAGUCUGCAGGUGAAGAAGGCAGAGCAGCAGGUCUCCCUGGACAGGAAUCUGUCUCUUCGCAACAUCAAGAAGCAGGGCAAGGACCUGGUACCAAAGCUGACCACUCUGCUCAAGAAGUCAGGUAUGCUUGGUGCAGCAGGGCUGGGUGCAGCAGGGGUGGGUGCAGCAGGGCUUGGUGCAGCAGGGCUGGGUGCAGCAGGGGUGGGUGCAGCAGGGCUUGGUGCAGCAGGGCUUGGUGCAGCAGGGCUGGGUGCAGCUGGGCUGGGUGCAGCAGGGCUUGGUUCAGCUGGGCUGGGUGCAGCUGGGCUGGCUAGCUCAGCAGGCGCGGGAAUAAGCUAUGCGGGCGCGGCAGGGCUGAGCGCAGCAGGCGCGGGGAUCAGCGCAGCGGGGGCUGGCAUCACUGCAGCGGGGGCGGGCAUCAGUGCAACGGUGGGGAAGAGACCGCCCAAACCCGGGCGGUCUGCGACUGAGAAGGAGCGCUCCAUGCCUUCGCUCUCCAUGCCCUCCAUGCCAAGGUCACUCACCCUCUCAAGGCACAAGGACGGGCCUGAACGGCCAGAGAAAACUUUUGGGGACCUACCCGCACCCAAGCGCACCCAUUUCCAGUACUCCGAGCUCCAGCUGGCGACGGGGAAUUUCGACGAGGCCAAUGUGCUGGGCCAGGGCGGCUUUGGGAAGGUGUACUACGGGGUGCUGCCCGUGCAGCCAGCGCAGGUGGUGGCGGUGAAGGUGCUGACAAGGGGCGGGUCGCAGGGCGACGAGGAGUUCACGAUUGAGCUGGAGCUUCUCAGCCGCCUGGAGCACAAACACCUGGUGAAGCUGUUUGGGUUCUGCAUGCGCUCGCAGCAGCGCCUGCUCGUCUACCAGUUCCUGCCCAAUGGCUCCCUCACGGACCACAUGCACGGCAAGAAGAGGGAGGAGAACGGCCCACUGUCGUGGGAGAGGAGGCUGCGGAUAGCCGUGGGGUCGGCGAGGGGCCUGCAGUACCUCCACUCGCAGAGGCCCCAGAUUCUCCACCGCGACAUCAAGUCGUCAAAUAUCCUUCUCACCGACAACUUUGCUGCCAAGGUGGCGGACUUUGGGUGUGCGAAGCUGAUCAAGCAGACCAUCAAGGUGGAGGACCCAGUGACGGGGGAGCUGGUGGAGCGGCUGGGGGAGAGCGUGGAUGUGGCCAUGGGCACCCAUGGUCACAUGGCGCCUGAGAUUCUCAUGACUGGGGAGAUCAGCUCCGCUACUGACGUGUACAGCUUCGGAGUGGUCCUCUUUGAGCUCAUCACGGGCCGCGUCCCUGUCUUGCCCGAUGGCAUGCAGCUCGUGCACUGGGUGACUCCACUGUGUGAGCAGAAGCGGUGGGACGAGCUGAUCGACCCGGACGUCCUGGCAGCUCAAGCCGGCUCCACUCCCACCGGCCCUGCUGCCGUCGCUGCUGCCGCCGCCGCCGCUGCCGCUAUUGCUGCUGCUGGCGCUGCUGGUGCGGGUGGGAGUGGUGACGCUUCGAGUGCAGAGGUGGCCGGUACUUGCUCUGGGUCAAGCAGUGUCAGUGCCACGAGCAACAGCAGCAGCGGCAGUAGUAGCAGUAGCAACAGCACCACAACAACAACCACCUCCAGCAGCAGUGGUGGCAGCGGUGGCAGUGGGAGUGCGAGUGGCGGGAGGCAGAGGCCGAUCAGUGCGUCGCUGAUCCGCUUUGCAGAGCUGGCGCACUCGUGCAUCCUCUUUGACCCGCUCUCCCGCCCCUCCAUGGCGGAUGUUGCCCAUGCCCUCCAUGCCAUCUAUCUCGACAAAGACUACAGCUCGAUACCCUCUGCUGCUCAACAGAAGCGAUCCCAAUCCCAUUCCCAACACCAACACCAGAACCAGUCCCAAUCCCAGGGCCAAGCGGCCCAGUCCUCCUCCUCUCGCUCCUCCCCCACCGCCUCUGACGAUGACGGCAGCAACCGCGGGUCACACCAGAAAGGCUCUCAACACAACAGCCACAGCAGCGGUGGCAGUAACUCGGGUGGCGUGGUGGGAGCGUCGGGUCUGAAGGACAAGGAGCUCUUCACGAAGCAGGACCCGUACGUCGUGGUGGAGUACGGUUCGCAACGGUUCCGCACCAAGACAGAUAAAGAUGGCGGCACUACCCCUGCAUUCAACUCCACGUUCCACCUGCAGUUGUUGCCCGGUGUAGAGGAGUUCUCUGCAGUGCUGUGGAAUGACAACCUGGGGCGCGACGACGUGAUUGGCAGCUGCCGGGUGAAUUUCCGCCAGGCGUUCUCCAUGGGCGUGUGGGACAUGUGGCACCCCGUCUACACCAAGAGCCAGAAGCAACGUGGCAGCCUUCAUUUGAUUAUCAAAGCUCCUGGGGCUAGGGCACCUGGAGGAUACCCCCCAUCAUCAUACCCACCUGCACCGUACCCCACCGCACCAUACCCCCCAGCCCCAGCAUACCCUGCAGGGUCACCUUACCCGCCCCCAUCCGGCCCACCAAACCCCUACCCACCCGCCCCAGGCCACCCCGCCCCUCCCCCAUCCGCCUACCCUCCCCCAUCCUCCUCCGCCCCUCCCCCAUCCGCCUACCCUCCCCCAGCCGCCUCCCCCUACCCCCCUGCGUCCUCCUACCCUGCCCCUUACCCCCAGAGCGCACCCUCCCCCUACCCUGCUGCCCACACCGCCCCUCCUGCCUACUCCAAGCCUCCUAGCGUUUCCUCUUCUGUAAACACUGUGCUGGGGGCAGUGGGAGCGCUGGUGGGAACAGCAGCAGCAUAUGCCGGGCAUGGGCAUAGUCAUAGCCAUUACCCCCCUGCGCCCUAUGGGUAUCCUCCCCCUCCUACUGGCCCGUAUGGGUAUGGGGCUCCCCCGGUGGUGGUGCACCACCAUGGGCACCAUGGUUACGGGCACCACCAUUAUAAGCACAAGUAUAAGCGCAAGGGGUUUUUUGGCCGCCGCAAGGGGUUCUUCAAAUGA